UAACAAUGGGUCUUUUGACUAUCCUGAAGAAAAUGAAAAUCAAAGAGCGCGAAAUGCGAAUCCUUAUCCUGGGUUUGGAUAACGCUGGAAAAAGCACAAUUCUGAAAAGAAUUAUGGGAGAAGAUAUUUCAGAAAUAAGCCCGACGGUAGGCUUCAACAUAGAAACUCUUGAAUUUGAGGGUUUCAAAUUAAACCUCUGGGAUGUUGGUGGUCAAAAAUCUCUUCGUAGUUACUGGAGGAAUUACUUCGAAGCAACUGAUGGUCUCAUUUGGGUUGUGGAUACCAGCGACAAAAGGCGAAUGGCUGAUUGCAGAAAUGAAUUGCAUGCUCUUUUACAGGAGGAAAGGUUGUUAGGAGCAUCACUGCUUGUUUUCGCUAACAAAAUCGAUUUGCCUAAUUCAUGUCAGUGGAAAGAAGUGGAAGAACAACUCAAUUUGAAACUAAUGGAUGGAAGCCACCACUGGACAGUUCAGCCUUGCAGUGCAGUUACUGGCGAGAACUUGAUAACGGGCAUUCAAUGGAUGGUUGGGGAUAUCUCACAAAGACUUUUUACAUUAGACUGACUCAUAUUGUUCUACUGCUUUGUCUCAAUGAGGUUAGCGAAGAUAAAUUCUUAUGUGCAGUGAAGAUGAAACCUAAAUUUUUAGCGAACUAUAGGUGUAAAUUUGUAAAUAUGUUUUCUAGUCAAUUCAUGUUGAUGAUAGAGAUCAUGAAA